AUGGCAAAGGGAGCAACCAGCAAGUGCAAUCAUUUUCUCACUCUGAGCCUUUUGGUUCUGCUGAGCUCUCUGGACACCAUGCAGGUAGAUGGUGCAGACUCUCUAAGUUGUAACUUUACUGUCAAGUACAGAUCCUCACCUGGACAAUGCUCAGUGAAUGGAAAAACUCUCCUUUGUUUUGAUGAUGUAAGACAGAACUCACCUGUGUGUAAACCUGAAAAGAAGGGAAAUGGCACUAAGGUGUGUGCUGAUUUGAACCAAAGCCUGAAAGACAUUUUUCAGAAGAUGACAAACCUGGAGUCAGGGCUAUUUGAUCAGUCCAAGGGUAAUCACACCUUGCAGGUUGCUGUACAAUCUCAAUAUAAUCAAGGAGAAUUCAUGGAUGGAUGCUGGACCUUCAUGAUUGAUAGACAGUAUCCCUUCUACUUUUAUCCAAAAAAUAUGACCUGGAGAGAAAAUCAGCCUAAUGCUAUCAAGACCAUGAGUCAAUGGGGGAAUAACAAGGAAGUAGGCCUAAGUCUCAAGUUCCUCUCCACGGGAGAUUUCAGUCAGUGCCUCAAGAAAUUGUUGACAGACUCCAGAGAAUUGACAAGUAAAUAG